UAGUAGUAACAUAGAUAGCUAGGUACACUCCUCGUUCGUUAGCACAUGUAUAAAAAAACUCAUUUUGGAAACAAAAUGGACGGUGUUUAAAUGGCGUUUGUCGUAUUUGUUAGUGAUGUGAGAUAUUAUGCUUAUUUGGGCAUUGAAUCUCAGUAAUACGGUAGACGAAAAAGGAAAAUUGUCUCUACCGUCGUAAUAUAGUCUGAACCGUGACUGUCUUUCAUUGAUAAUUUUAUGGACCUACAUUUUUGGAGUAUGGUAUCCAUUUUGUGAACAACUUGUUGUGUGGCGUUUAUAAGUAAAAUGGACAUACCACAAUUUAAUUGGAUUCUUCUUGAUGGAAAAAUAAUCAUAAUUCACUCGUAAUAGAGUGAUGGACUCAUAUAAUUUAUUUGAUGAUGGAAGCGGUAUGUUGGAAGGACUUACUGAUCUUGGUGGAUCAGACAGCUUUGCUGGCAGCACAUCAUCUGGAGUAACUGGAGAUAAUAAAGAUACUCCAGAUAAUAGUUACAGACAACCUUACAGUCAAAGUAGUGUACCACAAGAAGGAUCAAUUCAGAAACUGGCUUCGUUUGGAGGACCUUCUGCUGGGAUAAAUAGCAGUUCUCAACCAGUGCCGAACCCAGGUGCUGGUCCUCCUGCACCUGAAUACCACGACUAUGGGAAUUACCCGCCGCGCCCACGCUUGCCUCAGCCGCCACAUGCUCCACUACAUCCAUCACAUCAUGUGCAUCCUUCACAUUCAUACCCAGGAUAUCAUCCUGGCCCUGAUCCAAUGUAUGCCAUGCCAGAACAACCAGGAAUUGGGGAAAUGGGUGUGUGGUCUGGGCCUCCAGGAGCAAACAGAUACUCUCCCAUUACACCAAGCUAUAGACAUAGCUAUGAACACCAGCAGAAAAUGCACCAAUAUCCUCCGCAACAGGGAUCUGGAAUAGGCAGUUUACAAGCACAGAAUGGGGCGUACAUACCAAGACAACCUCAUUUUUCCCAGCCAACUUCACAACAAUUAUAUGGACAACAGCAGAACUAUCCAAAUUACACACAAAUGCAUCCACCAACUGCAUCAAGAAUAAGUCAACAUCCAACAUACCACCAGCAAAUGGACGUAAAUCCACAUCAGUAUGGUAUACCACACGGUCAACAAAGCCAUGCACCAAUCCCACAACAUCAGUCUCACCAAAACAUGGCAGGUCAUACUGGUGGCAUGAGUGCAGGAAUUCAAAGCCACCCUAAUGUGCAUCUCCAUCAUCCAGGAGCUCCACCACUACACCAUGUCCCUCGCCAGUCUCCGGUGCCACCGUCGUCAGUGGCGCCUUCGCAUUCAGUACCCACGCAAAUGCCCUAUGCGUCACCUCAUCAUUCUGUGUCAAUGAACUAUCAAUCUCAUCAAAUUCAACAUCCUUUAGAUGUGAAUGUGACUAACCAGUAUGGUUCAGUAAAACCAACAGGAAUUGAAACAGGGAGCCCGCAGUAUCGCCCUCCUUUUCCACAGCUCUCCCCACAAAUGUCGCCCAGGGCUCAAAUAUCACCACGACAGCAAACUCAAUCUCAAUUAUCGCCGCGUCCGGUCAUGUCACCGGUUAAAGGCCCUAGCGCAUCACCACAUGGAACACGCAAUUUGGUACAGUCACCCGUGUCUGCUGGACCACCGCCUCCUGCUCCUGGACCAUUUGCUUCACAAAAUACACUUCAGGCUCUAGAACAAAUGGUUUUACCAGCAGGUACAGAGUACCCUUAUCAACGCAAUCCUGCAUCGCCAGCUGUAUCGCAUGUGGUGUCAUCGCCAUCUCAGUGGAAUCAAAAUAAAUUGGCACCUACAAGUAACGUAACUCAAAUCGAGAAUAGUGAACAACCUGUAAAACCUACAGAAUCUUCAACAACAUUACCAGCACAUAAACCUGAAUUGGUGAAAAAUAUUUCUAAUUCUGUAUCAAAUACUGAACCAAAACCAAAGCAUUUGGAAAAAUCAGAAACGGAGAAUGACAGACCUUCCGAGAAUAUAAUGACACCACGAAACUUUGUACAACCAACUAAUAUCAAUAAUACUCUUAAAGACAAUUUAACAGCACCAAAUUGUAAUAAUUCCUCGACUCCAUCGGGUGGAUCCAAUAUGUCGGUCCCUAUAGAAACUGCUGAAACCUCUGAAAAGAUACCAGCUCAGCCCACUGAACAUGAAAUGGAUAAUUUACCACCAAAGGAAGAUGAAAACGGCACAACUAAUGUACUCAAAACCUUUACCAGUGAACAGAAAAUGGAGUCUCAACAAAAAGUAGUCGAAAAUACUAAUCCACCAGAAAAUACGAGCGCUCUGAACGUGCAGCCCCCGUCAUCACAGGCAACUCCAAAUAAGGGCGUCAGUGAUCAUGCUCAAAUAAGAGCACCUCAACAAAUGCAUGUACCAUCUUCUUUAAAUAAUGGUAAUACAAGUCAGUAUGAUAAUAUAUCAAGCAUGAAUGUGAAUAGGACGCCAGGUUACCCAACAGGACCCAUUCAGAAUGUGACAGCAAAUCUGCCUAACAUACCUCAAGGGUUACAGCCAAAUGUCGCUACUAGUAUUCCACCAGCAGUACACACUAGUGCUGCACAUAAUGUAUCUUCUACAUUUCAAUCAAGUUCUACUUCCGUCACCCAAGCAGUUCCUAAUAUGCCCACAAACUUACCAUCAAAUCAUACAAUGCAACAUCCAAAUUUGACGAAUACUGUUACAUCCAGUAUUCCAGCUCAUAAUCAGCAAAGUAAUUUACCACCUAUUUCGGCACCAAUACAAGGAAACAUGCAGCCUAGUAUGCCUAACAUACCCAGUAAUAUGCAAUCAAAUGUCCCACCCAUAAUUUCUAAUGUGCCCGUGGGAUUGCCUAUGAAUGUCCCAAAUAUGCACACACCUUUACCACCAAACCCACCUAGCAUUAUUUCAAAUAUUCCCCAUAAUAUGAAUCCUAACAUGUUAAUGAUGGGACCUAAUCCAAUUCCACAUCCCAAUAUGCCUAACAUGUAUCCAGCAACUCAUCAACAAGAAAGGAUGACUUUGCAGCAACAAAUUCAAGAUAUAUAUUGUUUACCACCUUCAAAUGAAAACCAAGAAAAAGUAAGAUGUUUACAAGAACGACUGGCCUUACUUCAACAACAUGAAUCAAAUGAUAAGUGCAAUGGAGGGCCAAAUUGUACGAUUCAAAAUCCAGUGUAUGGAACAAAGAUGGUAGAAAGUCCUCAAGUUACAAGUACAACAGGGCGCGGACGUGGAAAAGGACCAGCUAAACCUAGAAAGCCUAGAGCUAAAAAGGAAAAGUUCAUGUCAGCAGUACAAGCUUUAGAUCAAUUACCAGUAUCUGAAGACUGUGUUACAGCUGGAACUGGAUUACAAAGUAAUUCAGAACUCGACUUAGAAUUAAAUGAAGAUAUUACUAACCUAGAUAGUAGUGCUAUUUCUAUUGAUGAUUUAAACACUGGUAAAAUUAGAAAGCAAAGGGGGCCGCGAAAGAAUAAAGAGCGAAAGCCUCGUACUCCUAAAGAGCCUAAAGCUAAAGAAUUGGGUGAUAAACCAGUUAAAGAACGUAAAAAACGUGAACCUAAGGAUCCUAACGCCCCUAAGAGAAAAAGAAAUUCUAAAAAGUACGCCGUUGAAGUACAAGCGGAUACUACGACUUCAUAUGACUUACUAGAAAAUGAUAAUAAAGACACAAAAUCGAAUGAAUUAGGUUCGAGUCAAAAUACAUCCAUGAGUGAGAGCCCCAGUGUAGCAAAAGCUAUGCCUGAUUUAUCAUUAGAUGAAUCUAAUGUAACUGAUUUUGACGAUAUACCUGUUUCUAAAAUAGCUAUCAAAGAUUUAUUAGAAGAAGCAGAAGCAAAACGAGAGCAAGGAGAAAAAGAUGACGACUUGGAUUCAAUAUUUUCUAAAAGAAAGUCGUCUAAGAAACGAGCCUCAGCUGGCGGAAGUUGCAAAAAAAUAUCUAUCCGUAAAUCCCUAGGCGGUGGUAGAAGGAAAAAACGAGGGGGAAUAGUUCCCGAUUCUGAUGGUGAACCAGAUGAUAUGAUGUCUACUCCUCCUCCAUCGCCACCUCCUGAAGGGGACGAUAGUCUUAAAAGAAGAUCUGCUAGAAACACGCAACGAAAAAAAUACACCGAUGACGUUAUGUUACGUUUGUCAGAUGAUGAAUUUACAAUGUCUACUCCAAAAGUGGAACGAGAAUGUAAAACUGAAGACCCUGAAGCCAAAGACAAUAUUAGAUCUGAAGGCAUGCCUAAACCUAACUAUAUUUACGUCAAUACUACUGAAGAAGAUGCCAUGAUAGUUCAGCAUGUUUUAGCAUGUCGAAUGGGAAAGAGAGAAUUUAAGAUUGAACAAACAACAAGUGAAAUUAUGCCAAACAUUGAAAGUGAGGAAACUGAAGUAAAAACUGAGAAUAUAGCCACUAAUAAUGAAACACAGCCAUCUGUUUCUGGUGAAGAUAUUAAUGAAGACGUUAGUAAUGAAAACGAUAAAGAAAUUAAGGAAGAAAUUCCUUCUCCAGAGAAACCACUUGAAACUCCACUCGAAACUCCCAAAGUAGAAAAUUCUUCAGAAUUAGAAAAAGAUAAUUCAGAUUUAAAAAAUAAAAAACCGGUAAUGGUUGAUGUAGAAGAAUAUUUUGUGAAAUAUAGAAAUUUCUCAUAUUUACACUGUGAAUGGAAAACAGAAGAAGAGCUGUAUAAAGGUGAUAAAAGAAUAUUUUCCAAAAUUAAACGUUUUAAACAAAAGCAAGCCCAACAAAUGAAUAUUUUCGAAUUGUUAGAUGAUGAACCCUUCAAUCCUGACUACGUUGAAGUCGAAAGAAUUCUAGAUAUGUCCGAAAAUCAAGACCCUGCAAAUGAUACUGUAGUCAAACAUUAUUUAGUUAAAUGGAAAAGUUUGCAGUAUGAAGAUAGUACUUGGGAAUUGGAAGAGGAUAUUGAUGUAGACAAAAUAAGACAGUAUAAGACAUUCAGUGAAAUUCCACCUAAAGAAAAAUGGAAGUUUAAGAAGAGGCCUUCUGCAGAUCAAUGGGUCCAGCUGAAGGAGUCACCCAUGUAUAAGGGAGGCAACACACUAAGACCAUACCAACUCGAAGGACUGAAUUGGUUACUUUUUUCGUGGCAUAACAAUAGAAACUGCAUUCUAGCAGAUGAAAUGGGUUUAGGAAAAACUAUACAAAGCUUAACAUUUGUUAAUUCCGUAUGGGAAUAUGGCAUAAGGGGGCCUUUCCUAAUUAUUGCCCCUUUAUCAACUAUACCUAAUUGGCAAAGAGAAUUCGAAGGGUGGACAGAAAUGAAUGUUGUUGUUUACCAUGGUUCACAGCAAAGCAAGAGCAUGUUACAGGAGUAUGAAUUUCAUUAUAAGAAUGACCAGGGUGAACCUAUAAAAGAAAUUACCAAAUUCAAUGUCCUUAUAACAACAUUCGAAAUAAUUGUCACCGAUUUCCAAGAAUUAAAAUCGUUUAACUGGCGUAUAUGUGUAAUAGAUGAAGCACAUAGAUUAAAAAACAGAAAUUGCAAAUUGUUGGAGGGAUUAAGGCAGCUGCAUUUGGAACAUAGGGUGUUAUUAUCUGGUACACCUCUACAAAACAACGUAAAUGAACUUUUUUCCUUACUUAACUUCCUAGAACCCUCACAAUUUUCAAGUAGUGAUGCAUUCUUGAAUGAAUUUGGUCAACUUAAAACGGAAUCUGAGGUACUCAAAUUACAGGCUCUUUUAAAACCUAUGAUGUUAAGAAGGUUGAAAGAAGAUGUUGAAAAAACGCUUGCUCCAAAGGAAGAAACAAUUAUUGAAGUAGAGUUGACAAAUAUUCAGAAAAAGUAUUAUAGAGCUAUACUUGAGAGAAAUUUCAGUUUCUUACAGAAAGGCAUUGCUAGCGCAGCAAAUAUUCCCAAUUUGAUGAAUACUAUGAUGGAAUUGAGAAAAUGUUGCAUACAUCCAUACCUGCUUAAUGGUGCUGAAGACCAGAUUCAAUUUGACUACAAACAAGCUAAUGGAGAGGAUAAAGAAGCUUAUUAUAAAGCUCUUAUUGAUUCAUCUGGUAAAAUGGUACUUGUUGAUAAAUUACUACCAAAGUUAAAAGCAGGUGGACAUCGAGUUUUAAUAUUUAGCCAAAUGGUUAGAUGUUUAGAUAUUUUAGAAGACUACCUUGUAUUUAGAAAAUACCCCUACGAAAGAAUUGAUGGUCGCAUAAGAGGCAAUUUAAGGCAAGAAGCUAUCGACAGAUUUUCCAAACCCGAUUCUGAUAGAUUUGUAUUUCUACUAUGCACUAAAGCAGGUGGGUUAGGCAUAAACUUGACAGCUGCUGACACGGUUAUAAUUUAUGAUAGUGAUUGGAACCCUCAAAAUGAUUUACAAGCUCAAGCUCGUUGUCAUCGCAUUGGUCAACAAAAAAUGGUGAAAAUAUACAGACUGAUUUGUCGCAAUACAUAUGAAAGGGAAAUGUUUGACAAAGCUUCAUUAAAACUAGGUUUAGACAAAGCCAUAUUACAAAGCAUGAAUACUACCCAAGGAAAAGAAACUGGAAUAAAGCAAUUGUCCAAAAAGGAAAUUGAAGACUUACUUAAAAAAGGAGCAUAUGGUGCUGUAAUGGAUGAAGAUAAUGCUGGCGACAAGUUUUGUGAAGAAGACAUUGAAAUGAUUCUAGCUCGUAGAACUCAAGUUAUCCAAAUGGAAUCUGAGAAAGGUUCAACAUUUUCAAAGGCUAGUUUUGCAGCUGCUGAUCAAAGAUCUGACAUUGACAUUAGAGAUCCUGACUUUUGGAAUAAAUGGGCCAAAAAGGCUGAAAUUGAUACAACAGAGAAAAAGGAAGAUGUUGACUUAAUAGUUACAGAACCCAGAAAACGCACAGUCAUUAAGAGGUAUGGCCAUGAUGACGGGCCUAUGGAAAUGUCUGACAUGGAAGUUACACCCGAUUCCGACGAAGAUGAAGAAGGCAUCAGUUUAAGAAGUAAAAGAAAGAAAGAUAAGCUUGGGAAAAAAGGGCGAAGAUAUGCAAGUGAUGAUUAUAUACCUCGUCAUGAAGGUGUUCCGGUGGAUGAAGAAGUUGUCUAUGGCUCAUGGACAAGAUCUGAAUGUUUUAAGAUAGAAAGGGGACUACUAACAUUUGGAUGGGCGCGAUGGGAAGAAAUAGUUGAAAAAAAUCAGUUUAGGAAAGGUUGGACAAUUCCAGUCAUAGAAGACUGUGCGCGAAUAAUUGUUUUAUAUUGUCUACGCCAUUAUAAAGGCGACGAGAAAAUUCGAAAUUUCAUUUGGGACCUCAUUGAACCUUGUGAAAACGGAGAAGUAACAAUAUCCAGAAACCAUAGUGGACUACAUAAUCCUGUACCUCGUGGCAGAAAUGCUAAAAAGAAAAAUAGGCCUAAAGAUUUGCCCAAAUCAAAUGAUUUACAAAAAUGGGAAGAUACUAGCCAUUGGAGUUCAACAGAAAAAUAUGAUUGUGACUUGUAUUUAGAAAAUAGUUACAAAAAACAUUUAUUUAGACAUGCCAAUAAGGUGUUGCUAAGGGUCCGUAUGAUGUAUUACAUCAAACACGAAGUUAUCGGAGAUUAUGCUACGCAAAUAGAAGGUGGAAUUCAUGCCAGCUCGCUAGGCAUGCGCGUACCACGUGGCGUGGACAGCACUCCCCCGCGUCUAUGGUGGGAUAGUGAAUGUGAUGUGUCCCUCUUAGUUGGAACAUAUGUUCAUGGUUACGAAAAUUAUUUAGCUAUGCGGUCAGAUCCCCAACUAUGCUUCGUAGAUAAGUUGGGGCCACCCGAUGACGCUGAAUGCACUGAUAUAAAGAGUGAAGAAAGAAAAGUGCGAGGCAGUGUUGUCGGCGACGAAGAUUGUACAGACGAUGUAUCUAGCGGAGCUGGAGCCACAUCUCCAGCAGCUUCUCCUCGACCUGAUGACGACAGUACACAAAGUAGUAGCGGUGGACAUUUGUGGCCCUCUAUGCAAGACCUAAACACCAGACUCCGUAGGCUUAUAACUGCUUACCAACGAAACUACAAACGUGAAGAACUUAAAAUGCAACAAAGAGCUAAGAUGGAGCGACGAGAGCGGAUGGAUCAGUUGGCCAGAGAUGAGGUGUCACAGUGGCGUUGGACCCGGGCUGAUGAAGAAGCUUUCCGGCGAACUGUGGCGUCCUAUGGAGUAGAGUUUGACCCAACCACUAAAAGUCUUCGAUGGGGUCGAUUUAGAACACUUGCCAGAUUAGACACUAAAAGUGACGAUGCUUUAACUGACUACCUUAAAGCAUUUAUGGCUAUGUGCAAACGGCAGUGUGGAUUGUCCGUUGGAGAAGCAGAAUUACCCACAAGGGCAGAUUUAAAAGCAGAACCUAUAGGUGAAGAACGAGCCAUAGCUACUCUCGAAAGAAUUGAUCUUUUGCGAGUAUUGCGUGAGGAGGUUGCUCCCCAUCCGGCGCUGGAUACUCGAUUGGCCUUGUGCGAGCGGUCACCAGAAACACCGCCCUGGUGGCAGCCUGCUCGUCACGACAAGUUGUUAGUUUUAGGUGUAUGCAAGCAUGGUUUGGGGGAUACUUACAGUAAACUAUUUUGUGAUCCUAAAAUGCCAUUUGCCGAUUGCGCUGGCAAAUGGUACUCGAGUCAUAAAAGUAGUACACGCAGUGAAGCGCAAAAAAUAUCAUCAGAUGAAGAAGACACUACGGUAUCUGAAGAGACUGCAGGUGAAACUCGCAUGUCACUGAGACGCAGCAAAAGAACAUCUAAUGCUUGCGACCGGGUCGUCGACGAUGACACCGAUGCUCUCUCCGAGUUAGAGACGCUCGCAAAGCUCGGCCGAAUCGAAGAAACACUUCCACCGGAGCGUUGGUUUUCGGAGCGCGCUCUAGAGACGCGAUUGCAUCACAUCGCUCACGCCGUUCAGAACCGCGAGUGGCCCGCCGCCGCCAAGCCCGAGCCCCGCGCCGCGCCCGACGCGCACGACGAGCGCAAGCAGGGGCCCAAGCGGCACAUCGCCAUCGACGUGGAGACCGACCGCGCCAAGCUGCACGCGCUGCUGUCGUCGCCCGUGGCCGCGCACUCGGGCGGCGCGGCGGGCGCGGCGCCGGGCGAGGCGGGCGCGCCGCCGCCCGCGCACCAGCGCCUGCCGCCCGCGCCCGCGCCGCCGCUGGCCGCCGUGGACCUGUCGGCGCCGCUCGACCUCAGCGACGUGCACGACUUCUCCGUGGGCCGCCGCACGCCGCUACCCGACGCGUCCGUCGCCCCGCAAUCCCGCAGCCGACUCGAUGACACACUUUCGAGGCUUAUGAAAAGAAAGAAUGUGCCUGCGCCAGAGCAGAUAGUAGGAAAAGAAAAGAAAAGAAAAAAGUUGGAUGAAAUAGUAUUAGGACUAUCGGCGGCUAAAUGCAAGAGCCCAUCUGCACCUGCAUCGGACAGCCCUCGUGGCCGCGGCGCCAGCGUGCUGCCUGACGUGACAGUUACACCAGCGGCGCCUCCUUCUUCUUCGGCUAGCUCUUCGAACCAGAAACCAUUUUCGGUGACGGUGACCAAUGUUCCUUCACCUCAGGCUACUUCUAAGGAGUUAUCUUCGUUUUUGCAACAAUCUCUUGAACAAACGAAAAUGCCUAAAACUUCGGGUGUGACGCCAAUGAAAUCUUAUUCGCAUGAAGCGAAGGUAAACAAGUGGCUAGCUGAACAGGCUACAGUAGAUACUCGACGUCGAGGUGUGGCACCACGAUUAGCCCCUGAAGAACACGUGCCAGUUGUGCAUCGAGUCACUGGCAAGCGAAUAGUUGGACCAAAAGCUCCACAACUAAAACAUUUAGCACAAUGGAUUGCUGAAAAUCCAAUGUAUGAUAUAGACUCUAAGUGGACAGAAGGUAUCAAGGAGCACAUAAAGUUACCUCAAGAUGUCCGUAGUCAGAGACAUUCACCAAUGCAAACUACUAGUUCUAGUAUGAAUGAACGCAAGAAAGGGCGACCUCCUACGCUUGAUUCUCCAUCGGCAAAUGUUAUGUCUUCAAAUUCGCAUAUGAAUCAAAGUUUAGCUGGCUUGAAUCCUGCAAUUUUGGCAAGUCUGUCGAGUCUCAGCGCAUUUGAUCCUAAAACAUUAGCUGCAACCUUGUCUAACUUGACUGGGUUUGACCCUAAAUUACUAAACACCUUUGACCCGAAGCUACUUUCAAGCUUGAGUAGUUUUGAUCCUAAAAAUAACCCAUUAUUAAAUUCAUUUAAUAGUAUGCCAAAUUUGUUAGGAAAUAUUGCUGGUGGUAACAUAUUCGCCAAUUUAGCUGGAUUGGGGCUCCCUGGUUUCUCUUCUUUAGAUAUGAAUAAUCUUGGGGCACCUAAUGUUCCAAGUGAUAGUAAAUCUAAGUCUCGAAAACCUGCAGAGAGUGGAAAUCCUUCAAAUUCAAAAUCUGCAAACUCGCAAUUUCCAUUUGUAUUUCCCAAUCCAAAUAUGUUAUAUCCUCAAUUAGGAUUAAGUGGUCUAAAUCCAUUUGGUAUGCAUUCGGGGAUGUCAUCAGCUUAUGAUGCUUUAGGUUUGUUGAGUAAUAACAUAGUAGCUAGUUCGGGUGCCUCUACUAUGCAGGGUUCAAGCCAUAACACUGCACGUAGCACGGCGAAAACUACUACACCUCGUUCAUCAACUAUAGUUACAAAUUCAUCUACAUCUCGGCAACAAAAAGUAUCAGAUCGGCAACAAUCAAGUCAAUUACCACAAAUUCAUUUACCUCCAGAUCCUUAUCUAUUAGAAUCUCUUUCAAAGCAAUCAUUAAAUUAUGAAUCAAUUUUAAGACCAGACAAGCGAUCUCGGGACAUUGAUAGCCAUGAAGCCACUGCAACUGAUUUAUCUAAGACUGAUAAAAAGAAAUUGCCGUUUGAUGCAUUGAGGUCCCAAGUUCCACCUGAAUUUGCUGCAGUUCAGGAAAAGCUAUUAAAAGGUGAUAAAAAGGAUAUUGACAUAAGUAAAAUGCUGUUAGAGCAAAUGGCUUCUGGAGCUUUAAGUGCCAGCCUUGUGAGUUCAGCGGAAUCCAAAAAAGUUAAGGAUGAUAAAGAUGUUUCUGAAAAACUAUCGAAGUCUUCUGACUACAUAUCUAGGACAAUCACUUCUGAAGAGGGACCUUCUGGAAUUUCAUUAUCUCAUAAAAGAACUCAUGAUGAAAUUACCAAUGAGCCGGAAAAUUUGGCCCUAACAGCAACAGAAUUGAAUUCUGCUAAAAAAGUAAAAGAGAAUCCUGCUUCCGAAAAAAAAGUAAUUGAUAAGCCUCCUGACCACUCGACACAUACUGGGGAAAUGGACCUUGAAGAUCUAAUUGCGCCUUCAACAGUAAUUAAAACUGGAAUGAAAGCCGACUUUGAUGCUUCUGUUUCUAAAUUAACCCCAACGGAAAUGACCACAUCCUCCACUGGUUUUGACAGAGACGAAAAAUCACAAAACAAGCAAAUAAGUUCCUAUCAUGAUGAUCCCAAUCUUCAAGGUAGUGAGGUUAACUCCUUAAAUGAUGAUUGCACAGAUAAAUUUGAUAAUGAAAUUAAAGACGGUGGUGCCAAUGAAGAUGGUUCAAAUGGUGGAGAUAUGUCUGCCAAUGAUGUAGGACGUAGAUGUAACAGAAAAAAAAGUCGCAAGUCAUCUGAGGAGCUGCCAUCUUCAUGCCCGCGACGUGAGCUAAGGUCGAGCUCUGGACGACAAUCGACAGAAACAAUGAAUACAAAUCAUUAAAUCAUCCAUAUAUUUAAAUAAAACGAAAAAUAUCCACUGUUACUACUAUUUUAUUCCAAAACAGUGGUCUAGUUUCUUUCUUGAAGAAAUUACGGAUGUUAAGUGAUUAUUAUUAUGAAAACUUCAGUUAACUAAUAAAAUAGAGUAAUCUAUUUUAUUUUUUUCUGAUUUAAGGCUUUUCUAGAGUAAGAAUUAGCUUAGUUAUAAGAAUAAUAUUCUUAUUUUAAACUUGUAUAAUAAUAACAGAAGACUGGAUACUCCACAUACACAGGUCCACAGUUGUACUCAAAGUUCUUCAUCAGUACUUUAUUGUAAUAGUUACUAGAAAUACAACAUAUUAAUCAAUUAGAACAAACUUAAAUAGCGUUAUUUACAAUCAGAAUUAUUAACGACGUAUAGAAUGUGGCUUAGAAUUUCAUUACGUAGUUUAUACGAUAAACUAUUGACACUUUAGAGAUCUCUUACAAAUUAUGUAGUUCAGUUUCUUUUUGACUACUGUUUGUAUUAAAAGUAAGUUAGAAUUUUCGAGUAAAUAAAUAAUCAUUGAGGACGAGUGAAAAGCUAAAAUUAUUCCUGGUUUUAUUAUUAUUUCUCAUUUUUAAUUUAGUUAUUAAUGUAAGAUUUAAGUCAAACACUGAAUGUGAUAAAAUAUUUAUUACAUGUAUUCUUAUUGUUUACACUGCUCUAUUAAUGAAUGUAUUAUAUUAUAAUUAUGUGACAAAUCAUAAAAUAAACAUAGAACUGAUA